AUGAUGAAAGCAGCCCAGUUCAGCACCUUCGGCCCGCCCUCAGUCCUACACCUAGUCGACACCCCGAUCCCCACCCCCGGCCCUGGGGCCAUCCGCAUCCGAGUCCGAGCGGCAGGCGUCAACGCGUCCGACUUUGCCAAGCGGCGGGGCGAGAUGGACCCCGACCUGCCCCAGCGGCUGGGCUACGAGGCCUCCGGGAUCGUCGACGCUCUCGGCGAGGAUGUAAGCAACACGCAACUCGGGGACGCGGUGUACGGCUUUGCGUUUGAAGCUUCCACGCAGGCCGAGUUCGCGGUGCUCGGGUUCUGGGCGCCGAUCCCGCCGUCACUUGACUUCGUGCGCGCCGCAGCGAUCCCCACUGCGCUCGAGACGGCGUGGCGCGCUCUCGAUGCGCUGCGCGUUGGCGCGGGGGAUGUGCUGCUCGUCAACGGCGCGAGUGGGAGCGUCGGCGCCGCUGCGGCGCAGCUUGCGCUCGCGCGCGGGGCGCGGGUCAUCGGUACCGCGAGCGCCGGGGCACACGGGUACCUCCGCUCCCUUGGCGUCGAGCCGGUGACGUACGGCGAUGGCGUGGAGGAGCGGAUACGCCAGACGGCCGGAGAGGAGGGAAUCACGAAGGCGCUCGACGUGGCGGGCAACGGCGUGCUCCCGCUCCUCGUCUCCCUCACGGGCGACAAGAACAAGGUGAUCACGGUCGCCGACUUCGCUAGCGCACAUUCAACGGGGGUACGCUUCUCGCGCGGCGACGACGGGCGCGCGCUGCAUUCUCUCGUGGAGGUGGCGCCGCUUGUUGAGGCCGGCAGGUUUGGCGUGCAUGUCGGCGCUACUUUUGCGCUUGGGGAGGUUGUGCGCGCGCAUGAGGUUGGGGAGAGCGGGACUGUGAAGGGGAAGAUUGUGCUGGUCAUCAAUGGCAGCGACUAG